GUGAGAGAGAGAAUCUCAGGUUUGGUGUGUGGUUAGUCUAUAAGCAGUCAGGGUGGAAACACUAGACAGACACACUGACUGAGUGACUGAUCUGUGUGUGAACUGUGGAGCUGAGCUGUGUUUGUGGAAUGACGCUUUUCUUCAGCUCAACCUGCUGGUAAACAGAAGGGCUGUGUGGACGCAGGAAUUUCAGGUCACGAGGGCUCCAGCAGCAGAGCAGUGGUCGGAGAAGUGUUGUAGUUAAUCUGAGCUGGGGUAGGGAGUAUGUCUACUGUGUGCUGCUUGAUUGAAGAUUGUCCCUGUCCUUCUUACUCUGACAGUAUGGGAGAUCUGAAAACACACUAGAGUAGAAGACACACACACACUCACACAGAGAGACUCUAGACGCGGAGACGACACACACACAUUGUAAUUUUGGAGAGACUAUUUCAGCCUCUUGUGGAAUCCUUGGUGGUCCCAACUUGGCCCCCCCUCCCUUGUAUUUUUGUCCGUGACGAUGGCGUCAGCCGUGGAUUAUGUGUUAGUGCUGGUAGCUGCCGUGCUGGGACCGUACCACGUUGGGGUGGAAGGAGGGUGUGCUGGGAAGUGCUGCCGGGGUUCAGACAUCACCUGUGCAACGGCAGACUGGCGGAUGGACCGUGUGUUCGGCACCUGCUACUGCGACGAGGGCUGCCUCAGGACCAAAGACUGUUGCUAUGACUACCCCAACGAGUGCCCAGCCCAGUCGUGUGUGGUGACUGACUGGAGUCACUGGAGUGGUUGUGCCCAGCCCUGCCAGCGGUCCAGGAGGGUCCGGCAGCGCCACAUUGAGCAGGAGCCCAGGAACAGUGCAGAUCCAUGUCCCAGUCUGGAGGAGCAGGCUGGCUGCAUGGACUACCAGUCAAAUCAUGGAGAGAUUUGCACUCAGAACACAGGUCCAGCUUUCAUCACCACCAGGGAGUUUGGUAAAGGAAGAACAAAGCCUGACAUCUACGGAGCACCUCUGUACCCUGGGUUCUGUAUGGAGUAUAAGAUGGAGUCUCUGACUACCCACUGUACGGUGGAGAACAGACCACACACCCUCUGGAUGCAGUACCUACGUGAGGGCUACACGGUGUGUGUGGAGUGCCAACCCCCCGCCAUGCGUAACCAUAGCGGCAGCUGCCAGGGAGACGGACAAGAAUCCAACAGUGAGGAGCUGCUCCAUUGGCAGGCUGUGGGGAACUCUGGCUGUCGAGGAACGUGGAAGAAGGUCCAGAGAACAGCAUACUGCUCCUGUCCUCACGUCCACAGCUUCCUUUUCAUAUAAACACACAGGAAGUCUUAAUUGCGGUCCUACUUGCACCCUUAUUCCCUAUAUGGUGCACUACUUUAGACCAUAACCCUAUGGCACCCUAUUCCCUAUAUAGUGCACUACUUUAGACCAGAGCCCUAUGGCACCCUAUUCCCUAUAUAGUGGAUAGGGUGACUGGUAAUCUAUAGGGCUCUGGUCAACAGUAGGGAACAGGGUGACUGGUAAUCUAUAGGGCUCCGGUCAACAGUAGGGAAUAGGGUGGCAUUUUGGACACAGUAAGCCAUAUCCACACCAAAACAACACACAAUCAAAGUUAUGCAUCUUUAUUUAAUGAAAUCAGUUUGCUAAAACUAUUGUUGUAAGAACAUUUGAGUAACUUUUCUAUGUACAGACAACCGCAUGACAUUCCACAAUGAUAGAUUGAACUAAUUUACUAUACACAAUGCUGCUUUUCUAUUGACACUCUUAAUGUUGCAGAAAUAAAACACACAGUAUAAUAAAUUAAAUAAAACGAUGAAAGACAUUUAACAAUGUUUUUU